GACAAAAAAACAACAACGAAACAGACAACUGUUUUAAUAGUAUAUCCAUCCAAAUUAUACAGUAUAUAUCUCGUUUUAAUGUGGAUCGGAAGAUUUCGCAACGUUUAGAGGUAAAAAAAAGUGCAGACAGUACUAGGUUUCUUCGCGGAGUAAUCACAAAAUCUGCUGGGCCAAAUCACUCAUGUCGGGUGGCUCUGCUGAGCUGAGCUGCACGCCACUCCGCAGACCGAUCUCGGGCUGAAGUUGGGGUAUUUCAUUCGGGAUGCAUUUGUUUCACCAACGAGAUUAGCAGACAAUCGUUUGUUUCUUGUUGUUGUACUUUUUUUUUUUUUACUUACUAUCCGCGUUCACUACGUUUAGCGGGGAAAAACGUAAUCUGCGGAUCUAUCAAUACUGAAAGGACUCAAUCUGAACUCAAGAUGUCAAUCUUGCCUUUCACUCCCCCCAUAGUCAAAAGACUUUUAGGUUGGAAGAAGGGGGAACAAAACGGCCAGGAAGAGAAAUGGUGUGAAAAGGCGGUGAAAAGUUUGGUGAAGAAAUUGAAGAAAACGGGGCAGCUAGACGAGCUGGAGAAAGCCAUCACCACUCAGAACAUCAACACUAAAUGCAUCACAAUACCGAGGUCACUGGAUGGCCGCCUGCAGGUGUCCCACAGGAAGGGCCUGCCCCACGUCAUCUACUGCCGGCUCUGGCGCUGGCCCGACCUGCAGUCGCACCACGAGCUGCGGGCCGUGGAGCUGUGCGAGUACGCCUUCCACACCAAGAAGGACGAGGUGUGCGUCAACCCCUACCACUACCAGAGGGUGGAGACCCCCGUGCUUCCUCCGGUGCUGGUACCCCGACACACGGAGAUCCCAAGCGAGUUCCCUCCGCUGGAUGACUACAGCCACUCCAUCCCAGAGAACACCAACUUCCCCGCUGGCAUCGAGCCCCAGAGCAACUACAUACCAGAAACCCCCCCGCCAGGCUACCUGAGCGAGGACGGGGAGGCCAGCGACCACCAGAUGAACCACAGCAUGGACACCUGCUCCCCUAGCCUGUCCCCCAACCCCGUCUCCCCCACACAGAACAGCCUGGACCUCCAGCCCGUGACGUACUGCGAGCCGGCCUUCUGGUGCUCCAUCUCCUACUAUGAGCUCAACCAGCGCGUGGGCGAGACCUUCCACGCCUCGCAGCCCUCGCUCACCGUGGACGGCUUCACGGACCCGUCCAACUCGGAGCGCUUCUGCCUGGGCCUGCUUUCCAACGUGAACCGCAACGCCGCGGUGGAGCUCACGCGACGCCACAUCGGCCGCGGCGUGCGGCUGUACUACAUCGGUGGGGAGGUGUUUGCCGAGUGCCUCAGCGACAGCGCCAUCUUCGUCCAGAGUCCCAACUGUAACCAGCGCUACGGCUGGCACCCCGCCACCGUCUGCAAGAUCCCCCCAGGCUGUAACCUGAAGAUCUUCAACAACCAGGAGUUCGCCGCCCUGCUGGCCCAGUCGGUGAACCAGGGCUUCGAGGCCGUGUACCAGCUCACCAGGAUGUGCACCAUACGGAUGAGCUUCGUCAAGGGCUGGGGCGCUGAGUACCGGCGCCAGACAGUGACCAGCACCCCCUGCUGGAUCGAGCUGCACCUCAACGGGCCGCUGCAGUGGCUGGACAAGGUGCUCACGCAGAUGGGCUCCCCCAGCAUCCGCUGCUCCAGUGUGUCCUAGGCUGCACCUGUCCUCCGCACGGCGCAAACCUCCCCCCCUCCAUGCACAGACUAAAACUGACCACGCACACACACGCAUGCACACACACAUACACACACACACACGCGCACACACACAUGCGCACACACACGCGCACACACACAUGCACACACACAUGCACACACACACACACACACACCACAAGACCGAAAUGUCUCCAGGAGGAUGGAGAGUAAACAGGGCCCCUAACUCAGCCCACAUCUCGAUCUGUAACCCCUCGUUCUUAUUUCCAGCUGUUGGUAGCACUUUUUCUUUUUCAAUGAAACAUGUCGUUUAUGCCAAGAGACAAGUGCAUUAAAACGGUUUCAUAUUUUGCCCAUAUCCGUUUUUACCUGGCAAUACUUUUUUUUUUAUAUCGUCGAUGUAUAGUUUGAGAGAAGAAAUUGCUCUGUCGUAUUUCCCUCCGAAAUGUUGUCAUACAAAUGUAUGUUUUGUUAAAAUUUAAAAUUAAGUACAUAUUUAUAUAUUUUUCAAACAUGUACAUACGUGUUUUUUUUACCGUCAUGGAUAGCGAUGUACAGUAUUGACAUCUCUUAAUAACUAUUUUUGAUAUUUCCAUAACUGGGAAUUGAUAGAAACAACAUUUGCAUGAAUGUCAAAAGAUCAAACAUGCAUCAAGGCGGAUGUUGCCACCCGUUGUGAGCGAGCUGCGAGUGAAGGAUCCCAUUUCAAAUACAUACCUGGGCUACAUUACUAACUCCUGCUCAAGGCUCCUCAACCCUUUAUUUCUAACAUGAUUCAUUCAACCAUCAGGAUCGGCCAGGAUGAUGAAGAUCCCCCUAGAGACGCCUACUAAGUAAGCUGUUGUUAUCAUAUCACUUCAAUGUCCUUAUCUAAUUACAGGAAGGCCCGUAUACGUAAUAAUGAAAAAACUGAAUAUUUUCAUACAUACAUUUUCUAAACACCGUUCAAUAGCCCUCUAGGCAGAAGGCUUAGCAAAUGUAUGGCUCUGCCUCAGCAACCAGGAGUAUUGCUGUGUUUGUGGUUUUUGUUAUACUGUCAUUGUUGAUAUUGGCUCUUUGAGCACUCAGGACUGGCAAGAAAAGCUGAAUUAUGUAUAGAAAUCCUUGAAUAGAGAAAGGCGCAUGCUUAUUUUUGUGACUCUUUUAAACUUGAAGUCUAUUUUGCUACAAAGUGUUUUUGUAUCACUUUAUGCAGAUAGUGUCCUAUUUAUGGUAUGACUUGCAUUUGUUUGGGUUACUCUUGCACUACAAUGCAACAUGUAUGUACUGCAAACAGGUAUACAGUAGGUGUGGGUGAAGAGGAGAACAAGGCAGAUGCAUUGGAUAAAGGGAAAGGUUUAAAUAUAGUAGUGGGCAUAUUAUGUACAUCACCUCACAGAAUAUAAUGCUGAUCAUGUCCAAGCUUCUGUGCAUGUGUGUAUAUAGCCAUGUGUCUUUGACUGAGUUCAGAUGCUGAGCUGUUGUAACGGUAAGGUUUUUUUUAGCAGCACAAAAGAGACUUUGCUUCACUCGAUUUUCUUUUUACUUUGGGGGCAAUUAACUGUUGGCUUGGUUGUCACAAUGGUUAUCAUGCCGUUGUGCAGAUGGCCUCUGAAGUCCCUAUUUAAAUGGAAAUCAUAACAGUUAUGGGCAAUAUUAAGAACUCGCAUUAACCCGAGUUCUGCUCUCAAUGCUAGCCCAGUGGUGCUAACGUUUCAUGUUUUCAUUGAUUUGAUCAUACUUUCAAAUUGUUCUCUUCUUAUGUAUAUUGUUUCAGAUAAAGUAGUAUCUACGCUUCUGAUUCAGCCUAGUUCUCACUAGAGGUGUACCAAACAUCAUUAUAAUGAUGAGGAUAGCCUCUUUGAGUCCUAUUGCCAAAUACCUACACCCUGCAAGUAUAUUGCAAGCCAAUUAUUAAUUGUAUACACUAGUCCAGUUUAUUUUUUACUGUAUAAUGUAUGUAUUUGUGCUUCUGUGCUCUGAAAUGUUAUUUUGUAUGAAAGCUAGGCUAUAUCACAUAUAUUUCCUUGGAUCUCUUUAUGAAAGGUUAAUAUGACGCAUUUUAUCCCGGUUUGCUAUUGUUUAUAAAUAAAUAAAUUACUUAUGAA